UAGGCCACUUCUCAACGACGGAGGACAGAAAGAUGGCGGCCUCCUUACGGCUGGGUCGUCAAGGGAUUUUCAUCGGGUCAAGAUUAAUUAAAGCUAAAAAAUGUCCAUGGACACCACAACCGGGAAAUACUCAUCUGAUGCGCUUUUUCCAAUCUGGGUCUUUUCUUGGGGCGCCCCCUCUCAAGGUUCAGAUGCCCGCACUCUCCCCCACCAUGGAGGAGGGCAACAUUGUCAAAUGGCUGAAAAAAGAAGGUGAAACGGUGGCUGCGGGCGACGCGCUGUGUGAAAUCGAGACCGACAAGGCCGUCGUCACCAUGGAUUCCAACGAGGACGGCGUCCUGGCCAAGAUUUUGAUGGAGGAGGGGAGUCGCGGGGUUCCCCUGGGCACGCUCAUCGCCCUGAUGGUGGACGAGGGGGAGGACUGGAAACAGGUGCAGGUGCCAGCUGCCGAGGUGGCUCCGCCCACCCCCGCCGCUCCUGGCCCCGCCCCCACCCCACAGGCUGCGGCUCCGCCCCCGGCCCCGGCCCCGCCCGUCCCCAGCACGGCGACCUCCGGAGAAGAGCUGAGACUGAGCCCAGCUGCACGCUACAUCCUGGACACACUCGGCCUGGACCCCCACCUGGCCACGCCCACUGGCCCCCGAGGCCUCGUCACAAAGGAAGAUGUCCUGAACCUGUUAAAAAGAAAAGACGCCACCAGUCCAGCCACAACCGUAACCCCAGCUGCGACCAUACCCACAGCCACAACGGCCCCUGCUCCAGCCCUUACUCCGGCUGCCCCAACACCAGCUGCCAAACCACCCGCUGCCCCUGCUUCUGCACGGCCUAUGUACCCUCCAGUGUCGGUGCCUGGCAAGCCGGGAGCUCCGGGCACCUUCACCGAAGUCCCCGCCUCCAACGUCAGACGCGUCAUCGCCCAGAGGCUCACACAGUCCAAAACCACCAUUCCCCACGCCUACGCCACCAUCGACUGUGACCUGGGGGCCGUCAUGCAGCUCCGCAGAGACCUGGCAAAGGAGGAAAUCAAGGUGUCCGUCAACGACUUCAUCAUCAAGGCAGUGGCGGUUACACUGAAAGAACUCCCCGAAGUCAACGUGACCUGGGCGGGGGAGGGGCCUCAGGCCCUCGACUCCAUCCAUAUUUCCAUCGCCGUGGCAACAGACCGAGGCCUCAUCACCCCCAUCAUCAGGGACGCGGCCAGCAAGGGCGUGCAAGAGAUCUCAGCCAACGCCAAGGCCCUGGCCCAGAAGGCGAGAGACGGCAAACUCCUUCCCGAGGAAUACCAGGGCGGGUCUUUCAGCAUCUCCAACCUGGGCAUGUUUGGCAUCAGCGGGUUCAGCGCGGUGAUCAACCCCCCCCAGGCCUGCAUCCUGGCUGUGGGACGGUCCAGGGCCGAGCUACGACCGCCGGAGGACCCCGCCCAGGGCGGGCUGACCCGACAGGAGCUGAUGACCGUGACCCUGUCCAGCGACGGGCGUCUGGUGGACGACCAGCUGGCCUCUCGUUUCCUGGACAAGUUCCGAGCCAACCUGGAGAAACCACAGCGCAUGGCACUUGCUUAAAGCCUUAAAGAGAGAGAGAGAGAGAGAGAGCGAGAGAGAGAGAGAGAGAGACGGAAAGAGAGCAAAAGAAGGAGAGAAAGAAAGAAAGAAAGGAGGAGAGAUUGUCGGGCAUUGAUCUCCAACCCUGGUCCUGGAGAGCUACUGGGUCUGCUGGUUUUUUGUUUUCAUCUUAAAAUCGGCAGGUAAUCGACCCAGGUAAUCGACCCAGGUAAUCGACCCAGGUAAUCGACCCAGGUCACCAGAUGAGGCCAGUUAACUGUGUAAUCCACUGCUCUAAUUGAUGAAUUAAAUGCAGAAACAAAAACUUGCAUGCCCUGUAGCUCUCCCGGACCUGGGUUGGAGACCACUGUUGCAGAGAGAUGGAGAGGGGGGGGGGCGGGGGCUUGCGUGGGCAGGGAGUCUGAGCAGAGUGUUACUGAUUAAUAUCCAAGAGAAUGGACAUUUUCACAUUUUUAAGAGGGCAGCUCACAAUGUCUCAAUGGGUUCGAUGUGAUUCCUGUAACUGGUGACAUCUGACAGCAGUUGAUCCUCCUUCUCUUUUUUUUUUUGUUCUUUUUUGGGUUUUUUUUGCAAACCUGCCACCAUCUCCGUUUUGUUAGACACCGGCAUAAUAUGUAUAUUUGAAUCUGCUGUGGUUGCCGCGUAACUACGAUGUGUCACUUCCAGGUGUAAACGCGUUUUGUAUUUACUGUUGCGUCUGUAGUGUAUACUCCGAAGCGCAGCGCCACGAUUGCCAUAGCAACCCCAUAAAAAGCGGAGGAUCGCGAAACCUUUCUCAUUACUGUCCGCUGAAGUCGCUCUUAAAAUGUUACGAUGGUGGUUUGUGGCGCGAGGCUGCAUCGCUAUUCUGUUGACCGCUGCUCCAGCGUUCUGCCAUUGGGACUCUGAACAGCGCCGUGGGGAAAGGGACUGACUGUCGGCGUGCGCGGUCACUCCCUAAGAAUCUGUUCUUUGUUCUUAAGUUAUUAAAAAGCUGAAUGUCUAGCCAAGAUCAAUAAAAAUCGAUUGCAAAAGCUUA